AAAAGGAGUAAAAUGAAUGAAGACAUUGACGCAGAUAAUAGCAGAUCUUCCAGCAUGGAAAUUGAAAGUGUAGAUUCACUAGAUAAUCAGAUAACAGAGAAUUGUGAAGUCCCUGUCAUUCAUGUCACUUCUACAACUAAUAAAGAAGUGUGUGGUGUCGAGUAUGUGAAGUUGGCAGAAGAUGAAAUCGGGAAGUAUAGUGAUGGAGUUGUAACUCUUAUAGAUGGUUCUCAGUGGUUCAAAAUACCUUUAUCAGAAGCAGGCAAUGGUAUAGAAUCAGAAGAAAGCAUUACAGUUGUUCAGAUUAAUGAGGAAUCAGAAAGUAUUGAAGUUACAAGUUCUAGCGAUAGAAAAGAAGAACUAACUUCAGAUUCAACACAAGUGGUGCUGCUUGAAGAUGGAAGAAUUGCUUAUUUUCAACCAGUUAUUAAUGAAGUUAGAAAUGAAGAAGAAAAUUUAAUUAAAGAGGACACAAAUGAUUCUUAUGAGGAGGAACCACCGAAAACAACUAAAAAAAAGAGAGGAAAAAACCAUCGAUGUAUGGUUCCUGGUUGUUUUAGGACAUAUACUUCGCUUCACCAUUUGAAAGUGCAUUCCAGAAAUCACACAGGGGAUCGCCCUUAUAAAUGUCCCAUAGAUGGGUGUCCAAAAGCCUUUGCUACGGAUUAUAGUAGAAAAGCCCAUCUGCGAACUCAUACUGGUGAGAAGCCAUAUGCCUGCCCUUCUACCUUUUGUUCAAAAAGUUUCAAGACAAGCGGCGAUCUUCAGAAGCAUAUUCGUAUUCACACAGGUGAAAGACCAUUUGUUUGCCCUGUUAAAGGAUGCAACAGAUCUUUUACAACAUCAAAUAUCAGAAAGGUGCACGUUCGCACUCAUACUGGUGAAAAACCAUAUGUUUGCACUCAAGAGGGAUGUAAUAGAAGUUUUGCUUCGUCAACUAAUUUUAAAAACCAUAUGAGAAUACAUUCAGGAGAAAAGCCUUACGUUUGCGGUGUACCUAAUUGUUUAAAGCGCUUUACGGAGUAUUCAUCUCUUUAUAAACAUCAGUUAGUACAUUCUCAGUUGAAGAGACAUUCGUGUCCAUUUUGUCAUAAGACUUAUAGACAAUCAUCGACACUCACUACCCAUAAAAGAACAAUACAUGGGGUAAUUUCAGCUGAUGAUGGCACAGAAAUUAUUUUGGAACAGAUGAUCGGAAUCGGUGAAGAUGGAAGUAAAAAUUUCAAAAAUAUCACAUCAAAAUUACUUAAUCUGAAAAGAGGGCAUAAUGCAAUAGUUAGUGUGGAAGAUGACUGUGCUCCCCUCUAUGUAGUUUCCGAAUUAGAUGAUGUAAGUAAGUUUUUAUUUAAAUAUAUAAGUAGUAUAUUAGAUGUAUGUUUUUGUUAA